CGCACGUGCAACAUUGAUCGAUACACCAUGUGAUUAGGCUUAGUUUUUAAGCACAGCUCAACGCAUAGUCAACUUGCGAACCGCUGUGGCAUAUUCACCGGAUCUACAUGAAAUGAACUGCUCAAAUGAUCGCAGAAACGUAUUGUUAUCCAGUUGGCUGUACACUCGCAAGUAUCAAACUCAUGCAACCGCUGAGGAUUCACAAUUUUAUUGGAACCACCGACAUUUGGCUAAAGCAUUGCUAACAUCCACUGGCCAACUGGAAUUGUUGCACCGAGGUCGAAUGCACCGCAAGCUGAAAGGUGACAACGGUCAGGAUGAUCAAGCAUGCUUUCGCAUCUGCGGUCUACAACGACUCGACUCCAGAAGUUUCAUACUGAACCUCACGGAUUCUGGAGGCAAGCAAAAAUCCAACUACGAACUGCACUGUUUCCACCCUUAUGCUUCUGUGACGAAGAAGUGGGUGGAUAGUAUUCAACAGGCGCUCGGUGUAAAAGGACCCCGCGGCCCACCAGACAUAUUUGAGACGUCCUUCUCUCUACUUGUUCAAUUAGCUGGUAGCAAAAUUACAGACGCCUUUUCUUCCAGCCAACAAUUUCAACUUGCCUCGGGGGACAGUGAAACCGCCAAAAUGACUAUCAGACCAAGAGCGAUCACAUUUGAGUUUGGUGCAAACGAAAACAAAUUUGUUGUACUUCGAAUGAAAAUGGUUACUGUGUUCAGAAACGACGAAACAAACUCUGAUCUACCACACAAUACGAUAGUGUUGCAACAUAAGGAUGGAUUUUACAUAUGCGUUGCCAAGGACUCCGUUCAACGUUCCAUCGCAUGCUCCCUGAUAACUUUGUGGUCACGGUGCCUCCAGAUACCACCACGCCAAUCCUUGAAAAGUAAUGGCCGAAGAUGCAUACAGGGCCAUUUGUGGAUCGGUCUCAAUUCCGUGGAGCUGGAGCGUACAUGGGUACGUGUUUGUCCAGGUUCGAGGAUUCUGGAAUGUGCAAAUUUCCGUGGUAAACCAGCGGUUUUUGAUGCCUGUCACUCAACGGUGCUACCGACACAAUUACCACAGGAAUAUAUUUGCAGAGUUACGGCAAGAUCUGUAGGAGUCAAUGAAGCAUCCACAGGUUUUAUCGAGUUAUAUGUGAGAGCACCUACAUAUUCUGCUAUGGUAAAGUGGAGUAGACACUUUAACUUAUCACACAGCACAGUCCUUUUUAUUGUGGAUGUGGUCUUAACCGAGUUGCAGAGGAGAUAUUACCGUCAGGUGUUCUCUUCAUAUGAAACGCUCAGCGAAUCUGAUCUUACACUGGAAGACGCCUUGAUGCUUGCGACGUGCUCUUACCCCGAGCUAAGAAGGCGAGUGCGGCGAUCCACGUUAUGGCCAAGCGAGCGACUGGUUCGUCUGUUGUCGAUCAUCCUGGAAUCUCUUCCGGAACCCAUUAUAUCCCGAGAGUGCUACCAACGUAUAUCGGCGCAAUUGUGGGAGAAACCACCGAAGUUGAAAGAGGUCAAUUUACCAUCAAAAGUAACGGAUUUGACCGCACUUCUGUCUGCGUUUCAAUUGUGCGUUAUCUUGAGAUUUGCACUACAUUUCAUGUGGGGCAUACGAGAGGGUGGCCGGUGUAGAAAUAAGACUGACGGCGAAAACCAACUGAAACCGAUUAUGCUGCAAUGGCAGAACUGCCUCACAUUUCUGACGGGUGGUUCGUGGUUAAAAGGCUUGUCCGUUAAAGAGCAACUUCAGGCGGCAGCCGUGUUAAGUGUCUUCUUAUCCGCUUACCAAUAUCUGCUCCAAUCAACAAUGGUAUAGCACUCUGGUCCCCAAAUAAGCAAAAUAGGAAAAAACAAUCAUCGUGUACUUAAUUUUAGUUUCGUAUUUUGCCUUUCGGUUACUCGAGUGAUUUUCUCCUGGUUGAGUUUUAUUGCUGAAUAAUUUUCCAUCGGUUCUUCUUUAUGAGACUUGUCCUCCUUGUCAUUUUUCAGUGUGCUCCUCUGUUGCUUCAUGGUAGUUUAUACAAAAAUGUUUCGAUUCGUGACUCUGCGAUCGAGACACAACCUGGAUCCUAAUUUAUCAGUAAUUAUGUCUCGAUUGUCUUGAUUUGGUUGGUGAUGCUUUAUCUAACCGACCCCAGUUGACCAAGACACUUAAAUACCACAGGCAUUUUUACAAGUACAUCCUCGAUAGUGUUAAUGGAAGUUCAAACUGCUGAACAAAAUCGAGUAUGGUGAAGCUACUGAGUCAGUUGAUGAUUUUAAACAAGAGCGGAACCUUCUUAAUGGUGGAUAAGUUGUCCGAAGGGAGGAAGAUAUGGCGAAGGGAUCAGUUUCUGUGAGGCUGCAUCAUGACAAAUAGAGUUGUUAGCUGUUGGUGCAAUCUGUCUAGCUGUGCUCGCCCAAGACGACUUCACGAACUACUAGGCAAUUACCUAGGUUGAACCGAAAGGAAAUACUUGACAUAGCGAUAUUCCGAUGAGUUAGCUACACCUACAUAAGCAGCUUUCGUACAUAUGGAGGAUUCGACUUUAUCAGUGUAUGCUGUCAAAGUUCAACAGACAGCUGGUCAGAAAAUAUAAAGUGACAGACUUCAACACAACUCGCGCAGUGCCGUCUUCAGAAAUGCACAAUUUCCCUCUUAUAGUAAAGAAAAAGGAUGAGUGGUCUGCUACUAGUUGUGACCAGCUGCGAACGGAUCAUGUGGCAGAACUAUCAAACUGUUUCACCGAUCCUGGCCGAUAAGUCCACGUCGUGUCAUUCUGUUACCUGGAUACUUCGCUACGAGCGGAAUACACUGAUGCAGUUUAGUCUCGUGGAGCGCGGAUAUGAAGAGGUAACGCGCUGUCACACAAGGUGGGUGGCAGCGGGAAGUUAUCAGAGUUCACGGAGUGUUACCUCAGUUACACAGAUUGCCUCUAGUGGCCCGUCAAUUGUCCACACUGCUUACUGCUCCCCGUUGCCGUUCUUCCUCUACUGAAUGAUUGAUCCAAUUUUAUGUUAUUUAAAUGUUUCCCUAACUAAAUUUUUGUCAGAACCA